AUGUCCUACCCCCAGGGCUACCUGUACCAAGGGCCGGGCUCCCUUGCUCUGUACUCGUGCCCAGCGUACGGGGCCUCGGCGCUGGCGACUCCCAGGAGCGAGGAGCUGGCCCGGGCCUCGGCCGGCUCCGCCUUCAGCCCCUACCCGGGAUCCGCGGCCUUCUCCGCCCAGGCGGCCACCGGCUUCACCAGCCCUCUGCACUACUCCUCUGACCCGGCCACGGGAUUCCCCUCCUACAUGGGUUCGCCUUACGAUGCCCACACGACGGGGAUGACUGGGGCCAUCGGCUACCACCCUUACGGUAGCCCAGCCUACCCUUACCAGCUGAACGACCCCGCUUACAGGAAGAACGCCACCCGCGAUGCCACGGCCACGCUGAAGGCCUGGCUGCAGGAGCACCGCAAGAACCCCUACCCCACCAAGGGCGAGAAGAUCAUGCUGGCCAUCAUCACCAAGAUGACCCUCACCCAGGUGUCCACCUGGUUCGCCAACGCCCGGCGCCGGCUGAAGAAGGAGAACAAGAUGACGUGGGCCCCGAGGAACAAAAGCGAGGAUGAGGAUGAGGAUGAAGGGGAGGGGGCGAGGAGUAAAGAGGACAGUCCCGACAAGGCGCAGGAGAGCAACGAGACGUCGGCGGAGGAUGAAGGGAUCAGCCUGCACGUGGACUCUCUGACCGACCACUCCUGCUCGGCCGAAUCGGAUGGGGAGAAGCUGACCGGUCUCGGGCCCGAGCCCAAGGACAAGUACGAGGAUCUGGAGGAGGACGAGGAGGACGAGGAGGAGGAGGAGGAGGAGGAGGAAGAGGAGGAGGAGGAGGAGGGAGAGCGGCUAGGCCCUCCGGGAAAGGUCGUGACCUCGUCUCCACUGACGGGCGUGGAGGCGCCGGUCCUGGACCGUCCGACGACCCCCGGCAAGGCGCUGGACCACCGACUCUCCCCCAGCGUCCAGCCCAACGCCAAGCCCAAGCUGUGGUCCCUGGCCGAGAUCGCCACCUCAGACCUCAAGCACCAGGGCCUGGGCCAGCAGGCCUGCCCCCCGACCACCCCGCUGUCCGGGGCACCGCCUUCGGCCUACCCCGCGUCCUCCCUCCUGGGAAGGCAUAUUUAUUACACGUCGCCCUUCUACGGCAACUACACGAACUAUGGGAACUUUAAUGCGCUCCAGAGCCAGGGGAUCCUGCGGUACAACUCGGCAGCCGUGGCUGCCAACGAGGGAUUGGGUCAGACGGGCCUCCACGCCGGGCCCGGCCACAAGCAGAACGGGGACUCUUUGAAAACCAGCCCUCACCAGCUGGACACGCAUUACAGGCCCUCCGGUUACGAGCCCAAGAAAGAUUCCACUGAAGUCUGCACAGUAGGAGUACAACCGUACCUAUAGAAGUGCAAUCACACAGCCAUGCAAGUAAGUGGGAACAUUUUCUGUUACACUGAUCAUUUGGGAUCCGGUCCAAGACAUAUUGUGCAGCUGUAAACUUGCUUCACGUUUAUUUCUUGCUUCGUUACAUCGAGUCCUCUCUGGUCCGUGCGUUCCUUUUGCUUUUUUGAAAAGGAUAUUUUAAUAUAUUUACUUCAUUUCUCCAAUUCAUCUGAUAAUAUCAAAACAGAUAGCUUUUCCUGGACGAUUGAGCUUGCUUUAAUUUAAAGAGAGCAAUUUAAAUUUUAUGACCGAGGUUUUCUUUUCAAAGAAUCCUAUUUGCAGAGAACUUGAGAUGAAAUAUAUUUUAUUCAUAGAGCGUCAGUGAAGUCAUCUCCUCUCGAUUCAGUUUUAAAGAGGAUGACUAUGUUAAAACUAGAGAAUCUCAGUCUCAAUGGACUCUGACACGUAAGAAUCCAAAGAGAAUAUCGAGAGUGCAUUGGCACAGUGCAGGUAUUAAGUACAGUGCUCCUUGCCCUAUGUUCAGGAGCAUCUUGACAAUUUAGGGUUCUCUAAACAUUAAAAGUUUUAAAAAUUCGUCUUUCCAAAAAGGAAAAAGGAUUGUUUUUCAGAAUGCCUCAUUUUUGCAAUUUUUAACGAUGUUAGGGUGAAACUGAAAGAUUUUGGAUGAUUGGGUUUUUUCCUUGGUUCACAGGUAGGUGUCACAAUUGCUUUGAAAAAAGUCAGCAAGUCAUCAUCUCUCCCCAAGCUAAUAUAUAUACAUAUAUAUAAUAUAUAUUUGUAUAUAUAUAUGUAUACUUAUAUGCAUAUAUAUACACACAUAUAUAUGUAUAUAUAAAAUGAAUCUCUAAAUCCAGAUCACAUCUUGUGCCACUGUAUCAAAGAAGAACCCACAGAGCACUACUAAAUCUGCAGUCUCUAUUAAUACAAAAUUUAGUCAGACAUAUGUGAGUUUGUUGGUAUAGUAUAGUUUCCCAAUGUAUGUGUGACUUUUGAAAACCAACUGUUUUUCUCAGGAUAUCUUGCAUUGAUCACUUCAUUGCCACGGAAUAUAUUCUAUAGGUGUGAUAGGAUUUACUGUAAAAUUUAUUUGUAAAAGAUGUACACAGUAGAGAUAAUAAAAUGUGAUUGAAGAACUUGAGUACUUAAAAAGUGGAAACAAAUUUGAUAUUUAUUUUUGUAAUGAUAUAAAGCUUCUAGUAAUUUAUGCAAGUUGUAUUGCAAUGGAAUCUGAACUUUUUGUAAAUAAAUUCUGCCUGGUUUUUAUUUGAAACAUUGAUGGUUAUACAAUCUUUGUUGGUUGUUUAACGAGAAUUCUUUACUAAUUUAUAUCUUUAAUUGUAAAUAAAACAGACUAGUCUGCAACAA